AAUAGGAGAAAUUGAAUUGGGAAUUCUAUUCAAUUCUAUAUUCAGUCUUUGAAUAAUUUAUCCCUAAUAAUAACUAUUAUUCUUAUAGUGAUUACUACCGUGACGUAUUAUUAUUAGUACGUGUACAGAAACCUAGUUGUUAUUCUGUAUUAAUCAAUCUUAUUAUAGUGAAUUCGGAUUUGAAGGUUAUGUUUUGAUAUACGUUAACACAAUGGCACCAGGUAAAAAAGGUAAAACUAAAGUACAUGGAAAACGUUCUAGCCAUCAUGUUACCAAGAAUUAUGCUGAAAGAAUGAGUGAUUUAAAAAUAGAGUCUUCAGACGACAGCAGCUCUUCAGAUGGGGAAACAUUAAAAAUAAGAUUCCCUGUAAAAAUGUGGGAUCUCAAUCACUGUGAUCCUAAGAAAUGUUCUGGUAGGAAACUCCUUCGACACAGACUUAUCAGAAACUUGAAACUCGGUCAGACAUUCAGAGGGAUUGUAUUAUCGCCCGUUGGUACUCAAUGUGUUAGUCCAAAUGAUGAUGUCAUUAUAAAACAGAAUGGAAUUGCUGUAAUAGAUUGCUCAUGGGCGAAAAUAGAUGAAACACCAUUUGGGAAGAUGAAAUCAUCACAUCCUAGAUUAUUGCCAUUUCUAGUCGCUGGCAACCCUAUUAAUUAUGGUAAACCUUACCAACUUAGUUGUGUGGAAGCUAUAGCAGCUGCAUUAUUUAUUACUGGCUAUCGGAGAGAAGCAGAAUUCUAUUUAUCAAAGUUUUCCUGGGGCCAUUCAUUUUUAGAGCUCAACUCUGAAGUUCUUGAUUUGUAUGCAGCUUGCACGGAUAGUAAAAGUGUGAUAGAAGCCCAGACAAAGUAUCUAGAAAGUGCUGGAGAAGAAAGGGAUACUAGACCUUUAUGGCCUCCUAGUGAAUCUGAUUCAGAAUCUUGUAGUAGCUGAUAAAUUUACUGCUCAUAUUUUAAUUACAGUUAUGUAUUUGAUUUAUACCACUCUAAGAAUGUUGUAUGCGAUGACUUGCAAUAUUAAUAAUUGCAAAUGAAAACAAUGACUGUACCAAGUAUUUUGCCAGCUGUAAUAAUUUCUACUAAAAUACUUAAAAACAACAUUAUUGCAGUUAAUUUAAAAAGCAGUCUAUAAAUUUAACUCGGGAUACUUGAGUUUUCACAGCUAAUUUUCCUUAACCUGUUUUAAUGAUUUUCGAAGAUGAUGUUCAUAACACUGCAAUAAUUUGUAAUAAAAGUAACACAAUUAUUGAAAAUUUUGUAUAUAAUUAUUUUUUUUUAUAACAAGGGACAAACGAGCAGGCGGCUCACCUGAUGGUAAGUGAUUACCGCCGCCCAUGAGCACCCACAACACCAGGGGCAUUGCAAGUAUGUUGUCUGCCUUUUAAAAAGGAAUAAGCUGUUUUCUUGAAGGUUUCAAUAUCGUAUCGGUUCGGAAAUACCAUUGCUGGAAGGUGAUUCCACAAUGUGGUUGUGCGGGGAAAAAAGUUUCUAGAAAACCGUACUGUCGAAGACCGCCAUUCAUCCAGAUGAUCAGGAUGGUAUUUCAGUUUCUGACGGGUGGUACGGUGUUGAAACUCAGCAGCUGGUAUUAAU